GGAGAGUUGAGGAAAAGAAAAAGAGGGAAAUGUUAGACACUUCCAUCCAAAUCGCUGUUUCUUCUCUGGAUCAAUUCCUUUUAUUUUCCAAUCACAAUUGAUUAUUUCAGUCAGAAAUCUUUACAAUUUCGAUGUUUUGGAUAUGAAACAUGACAUUAAAUUUAAUCAACGUAAUUCCCUUUUUCUCCAAUUAAUGUGUGAACAAUGUGGAAGUGAACUUGGAGAAAAGCCUAAUAUUGCUAUUAAAUGUUUACAUAGAUUUUGUUCUCCUUGUAUUGAGAAUAAUGCAAAUUGCCCAAAAUGCGGGAUGGCAACAAAAUUCGAAUUGGAUUCCAAUUUCUCUAGUUUAUUAACAAGGAUAAAGCAACAUAAUCGGAUUGCUGUCAAACGUAAAGUAACUGACACACUCAAAAAUGAUGGUUUUGAAUUAACAACAAAUGAAAUAUCCUCCCAGCAGGAAUGUGAAUCAAAUCCAAAACUUCCAAAAUUUUGCAUUUCAAACUGUUCAUCAACAGAUUUUAUUAAUAGUCAAAAUCCUUCAAUUUCGUCAGCAUUUAAUGGCCCCUCUACAAGCUCUUUUUCUUUUAAAAAAUCACCAGUUAAAACAAAGACAUCACCGCGACCUCUAUCAGCUCAAAAAUCAAUCAAUGAAAUUGUCAAUAGCAGAAUGCCUAUUAGAAGAGAUUUACAUAAUAUGGUGGCAAUUGUUCUUUGGCCAGAUGGAACAAAUUAUAGAAUAAAAGAUUUACCCCAAUGUUUACUUAAACCUAGAUAUUUAUAUGUGCCACCAACAACUACAGUUGAAUUUUUAAUUGAAUAUUUAUUUAAAAGAGCAGAAUUGGAAGCUGAUUGGAAAUAUCGACAUAAGUAUCGAGUUGAAUUGAUGCCAGUAGAAAGUGAAAGAGAAGAAAUUAAUUUAUGGAUGAACCCUCGUCGUGAUAUUGACUAUUUGACAAGAGAUUUCAAAAGUAAUUUACAAGACAGCCCAAAUAAUGAAGAAUAUGUGCUUAUUUUACGCAAAAAUCAAGAAGAUUCAUAUUUUUAUACAAAUCUGAUAAUUUCACAUCCUUUCAAAGCAUUAAAUAAUGAAAGAACAGUUGCUGAACUUUUGGAAGAAAAUUGCAAUAAACAAGAUAUUCGUCAGAAUUUAACAGUGGAAAAUGUUAAUGGAAAGUCAUUGUCCCCACAAAAUGGUUUUCAAAGAAGUGGAAAUAAAGCAAAAAAUGAUGAGGUAAUUUUUGAUGAACGCCCACCAAAAUUUAUUUAUCGAUUCGUUGCUUGUAAUAAUACAUGUGAUCGUUUUGCAGUAAGUAAUUUCACAUUUCCCAAGUAA